AUGCAAUAAUCCAUUUUUGAUUUUGGUAAAAAAUCUUCUACUUUUUGGCAUCUCUGCGAUAAAUGUUUACUUGAUGUAUUACAUGUUAUAGCAUAUGAAGGAAUAAUAUAAUCUAAUAGAGUAAGAGUUUCUAGUCGGCUCUAAAUAAAGAAUUAAAAAAAAACUUCUUUUGAUGAGUGAUAGUAUGUUAUUCAAAGUGUCUGUAAUGUAACUAAAAAGAGCUCCCCUUUUAACAAUGCAUGUUUAAUUUAUAGAUUCCUCUUCUGAUCAUUUUGUCUAACUAAAUUCAGAUGAGACUUUAUAUGGCUUUAGACUUUCUUACUAAGGGAAAAGUCUUGAAAUCUUCACUUCAGAUAUAGUGAAUUAUGAGGUUUGGAAGUCUCACUUUCGAUUGAAUUGUAUUAUGAACAAUUUUCAUGAUGCUUUUUCAGUAUCAAAGAUGAUUGGAAAAGGCAGUUUUGCAAAAGUGUAUUCAGCAAUAAAAAAAGAAAAUAAUAAUUAAUAUGCUAUUAAGGCAUUCAGUAAAAGCUAUAUGUCUCAGUAAUCAAAAGGGAUUGAAAGUCUAUUAAAUGAGAUAAAAGUAAUGAGAAGAUUAAAUCAUCCAAAUAUUGUAAAAUUACAUGAAGUACAUGAAACAACUAAUUCAAUUUACUUUGUUUUAGAUAUGAUUUAAGGAGGUGAACUAUUAUAAAGAGUACGUGAAACAGGUAUUAUUUAUAUAAUUUACUUUAAUAAGGAUUCCUACCUGCUGAGACAAUGUAAAAACUUGCUUUCAAUUUGAUAAGUGCACUUAGACAUAUGCAUAUAAAUAAUUUAAUUCAUAGAGAUUUGAAACCAGAAAAUUUAUUAUUAAAAUCAACAGAAAAUAAUUAUGAAAUAGUUUUAGCUGAUUUUGGUUUAGCCACUAGUCUUAAUGAAGAACCUUUAUUUAAAAGAUGUGGUACACCAGGAUUUGUUGCACCUGAAAUACUUGAAUAUGUAGAUGGAAUGGAUUUCUAUUCUGAUAAAUGUGAUGUUUUUAGUGCAGGUGUAAUAUUGUAUCUUUUAAUUGUAUUCUUAUAUUAUUUAAAUAGACUGGUAAUGCUCCAUUUACAGGUGUAGAUUAGAAAUCAAUACUUAAAAGUAAUAAAUAAUGUGAAGUUGAUUUUAAAGAUUAAUAAUUUAAAUUGGCUCCAAUCUAAAUGUAAGAUUUAAUCUAAUCAAUGCUUAUUAAGAAAUCUUCGUUUAGAUUAAGCUCAGAAGAAGUAUUAUAUAUAAAUAUAUUAUAUUAAGUGUUUAAAACAUCCUUAUUUUAAAGAAUUAGCUAAAGAAUACAAUAGACAAAUAGACAAAUUUUAAAAUAAUCUAUAAGGAUAUACUGAAUUAAAAAAUGCUAUUAAAAUAGGAACUUAAGAGAUUGAAUAAAGAUCUCCAUUAAAUUUUAAUUCAUCUGAAUCAAUAUCUUCAAAUAUCUCACUAACAAGAUAAGACUAAAGAAAAUCCUCAAUAGUUGUUGGUGCUUCCAAAUUUAGUUAAUAUAGUGCAAAACUAUCAAAAUAAAACUCAAGAGAGAUCACUGGUAAAUUAUCAUUUUAUUUAGAUAUACCAUAAAAACAAGAACCAAAAAAAUAAUAAGAUUUGCAUAGACUUGCUCUUACUAAUAGUUAAAUGAAACAUAUGGCUAAUUGCAAAUAAGAUAAUUAUGAUGAUCCAACUGCUGAAAAUUGUAAUAUUGGGGCUAUGGUGAGAUAAUACAACUCUACUAGACAAAUAAGAAUUCCUGAUUGUACAUUAAAAAUAAAAGAAUGCAAUACUCCUACAUUGUAGAAGCAAUGA